AUGGCACCUGCUCUCGACACCAUGAACCCCACCGACGCCGCUGUCGCAGCUGAGAACCAGAAGUCCGUCAAGGUCUUGGACGAACUCCUCCAGAAGUUGACCAUCUCAAAGACAAAGGACGAGGCCACUUACGCCGCCCACAACCUUGCCACUUUCAUUAAUGGCCCCAUCGAAGAACAUGAGGUUCCUACAAAAAUCCUCACUACCAUCAAGAAGCAGUUGAACAACAAGAAGGAUGCUCUCGCUAGAGAACACGCCCUCAAUGCCAUCGCUGCCAUCUGUGAGAACCAGGUUUCGCCCAGCAUCGAGCCCUACAUUGUUUCGCUGCUCUCAAACGUCCUCGUGGCUGUCGGUGACAAGAUCACUGCUGUCAAGAAGGCUGCUGAGGCUGCCGCCGUUGCCAUCAUUUCCAGCAUCAACCCCAACGCUGUAAAGGCUGUCCUUCCCAUUCUCUCCAAGUCCAUCGUCUCCGCCUUGAAAUGGCCCGAGAAGAUGUGUGCUCUUAGCUGUCUCGAUAUCCUCGUUGCCCAGGCUUCUUCCCAGACUGCCCUCAGACUUCCCGAGUUGAUUCCUACCGUUUCUGAGGCUAUGUGGGACACAAAGCCUGAAGUCAAGAAGGGUGCCCGUGCCGCCAUGGAGAAGCUUUGUUCUUUGAUCUCCAACAACGAUAUCAACCGAUUCAUUCCUGAGCUCAUUAACUGUAUCGCCAAGCCCGAGAACGUCCCGGAGACUGUUCACCUUCUUGGUGCCACCGUUUUCGUCGAAAAUGUUCAGGCUCCCACUUUGUCUAUCAUGGUUCCUCUUCUCGAGCGUGGUCUUGCGGACCGUGACACCGUCAUCAAGCGUAAGACUGCUGUCAUUAUUGACAACAUGUGUAAGCUUGUCGAGGAUCCCCAGAUCGUCGCUCCUUUCUUGCCCAAGCUUAUGCCUGGCCUUGAGAAGAACUGGGAGAACAUGGCCGAUCCCGAGGCUCGUGAGAAGACCCGCCAGGGUCUCGACACCCUCAUCCGUGUUGGUAACGUUCAGGAUGGAAAGAUUCCCGAGGUCUCAUCAGCUGGUGAGCCCAAGGUUAUUCAGGAGACUAUCAAGACCAUCCUUUCAAGCCACAAGGACCUUGUUACCAAGUUCGAGCCCAUCAUCGCCUACAUCGCUGCCAUCGCUGGUAGCUUGGUUGAUGAGAAGGAGAACGAGUCUGCUAUCUGGACUGAACACACCACCCCCUACUUUGCUGCUUUCCUUCCCGAAGGCGAGGCCCAGAGCACUGCUGAGACUCUUCGCAAGCGUGCUUCCCCUAUCUACCAGGAGGACGAAGUUGCUGAGGAUGAUGAGGAGGGCGAGGAUCUUUGCAACUGCACUUUCAACUUGGCUUAUGGUGCUAAGAUCUUGCUCAACCAGACCCAUCUGAGAUUGAAGAGAGGUCAGCGUUACGGUCUUUGCGGACCCAACGGAUCCGGUAAAUCUACUCUUAUGCGCGCUAUCAACAACGAGCAGGUCGAGGGUUUCCCUAAGAAGUCCGAGGUCAAGACCGUCUUCGUUGAGCACGAUCUCGACUCCGCCGAUACUGAGAAGUCUGUUAUUGGCUGGACUUGCGACAAACUCCGUGAGACUGGUGCCACCAUCUCCCAGGAUGACAUCCAAGAGAAGCUUUUGGAGUUCGGUUUCGUUGCUUCCAUGUUCGAGGCCCCCAUCACCUCCCUUUCCGGAGGUUGGAAGAUGAAGUUGGCUCUUGCCCGUGCUGUGUUCGAGAACCCUGAUAUUCUCCUUCUCGACGAGCCUACCAACCACAUGGACAGGCAGAAUGUCAAGUGGCUCGAGAACUACCUCAAGAACUCUCCUUGCACCUCCAUCAUUGUCUCCCACGACUCCGGUUUCCUUGAUAAUGUGUGCCAGCACAUUAUCCACUAUGAGCGUUUCAAGCUUAAGCGCUACAGAGGUAACCUCAAGGCCUUCACCGAAAAGGUCCCAUCUGCUAGGUCCUACUACGAGCUCGGAGCCUCAGAACUCCAGUUCAAGUUCCCCGAGCCAGGUUUCCUUGAGGGUGUCAAGACCAAGGCCAAGGCUAUCAUUCGUGUCAGCAACAUGUCCUUCCAGUACCCCGGUACUGAGAAGCCUCAGCUCAAGGACAUUACCUUCCAGUGCUCUCUUGGGUCCCGUAUUGCCGUCAUCGGCCCCAACGGUGCCGGAAAGUCAACCUUGGUCAACGUUCUUACUGGUGAAUUGAUCCCCACCGGUGGUGAUGUUUACCAGCACGAGAACAUCCGUAUUGCUUACAUCAAGCAACACGCCUUCGCCCAUAUCGAUAACCAUCUCGACAAAACUCCCUCAGAGUACAUUCAGUGGCGUUUCCAGACUGGUGAGGAUCGCGAGACCAUGGACCGUGCCAACACCAAGAUCACCGAGGAUGAUGAGCAGGCCAUGAACAAGGUCUUCAGAAUCGAGGGUACCCAGCGUCGUGUUAUCUCCGUUUCAUCCCGCAGAAAGUUCAAGAACUCUUACGAAUACGAGUGUUCGUUCACUCUUGGAGAGAACGUCGGUAUGAAGAACGAGAAGUGGAUUGUCAUGUCUACUUCUGACAACGCCUGGAUCCCCCGUACCGAGCUUAUCGGUUCCCACGCCAAGAUGGUUGCCGAGGUCGAUCGUGCCGAGUCAAUCAAGAACGGACAGUUCCGUCCUCUCGUCCGUAAGGAGAUUGAGAUCCACUGCUCCAACUUCGGUCUUGAUGCCGAGCUUGUCUCCCACUCUCGUAUGAGGGGUCUCUCUGGUGGUCAGCGUGUCAAGGUCUGCCUUGCUGCUGCCACAUGGCAACGCCCACAUUUGAUCGUUCUUGACGAGCCUACCAAUUAUCUUGACAGAGAUUCACUUGGUGCCUUGUCUGGUGCUCUCAAGACCUUCGAGGGUGGUGUUAUCAUCAUCACUCACUCCGAGGAGUUCACCAAGGAGAUCACCGAGGAAGUCUGGAGUGUCAUGAACGGAAUGAUGACUCCUUCCGGACACAAUUGGGUUACUGGACAGGGUUCAGGACCUCGAUUGGGAGGUGAGAAAGAAGAGGAGGAUCAGUUUGACGCCAUGGGCAACAAGAUUGAGGGUGGUAAGAAGAAGAAGAAGCUCACUUCAUCUGAGCUCCGUAAGAAGAAGAAGGAUCGUAUGGCCAGGAGAAAGCGUGGUGAAGAGGUCUUCAGCGAUGAGGACGACUUCUAA